UAACAUGGAAAAUGAGACGCGCCGGUUUAAUCAAACCGCUGUUGCGCCUAAAUAACAACAAUUCGCGUGUCUGGAGGAAAAACUACGCCACCCAAGUGGAUACCAACUUGGCGGAGUGUUCACUGGACCCCAAGGAGUAUGUGGACUUCAAGCGGCAUCUGCGGCAACUCAACUUGCCCCACAAAGAUGGACACACGUGCUUGCAGCUGGAGUGCCGCCUGUGCGAGCGCAACAGGCAGCCGGCGACGAACGGCCAAAAAGGCGGCGACCAAGGGCAAUUGGCUUACGUAAACAAGCGGACGGGAGCAUUUAUCUGCCCCAAUUGCGAUGUGAAAACCUCACUGGCGAAUGCGCUGAUGGCCUAUCAGUUGCCCACGCCGGUUGGCUACAGGCGACCCCCGCAAAGGCAGCCGCUCCAUGAAUCCCGAUUCCCCCACCUCGUCGCUGUGACCCCCGAAGCCUGCGAAGCUCUGGGCAUCAAGGGUUUGAAGGAGGACCAACUGAAUGCCAUUGGAGCUCAGUGGGAGCCGCAACACCAGCUGCUGCACUUCAAGUUACGCAAUGCCGCCCAAAUGGUGGUGGGUGAGAAGGUGUUAUAUCUGGCCGAUCGACGGGAGGAGACCUUCCAGGACAGCUCCAGUUCUGGGCUCCUCAUCCAUGGAGCGGCGAACAAAACCAAAGCGGUUCUAGUCAGCAAUCUAAUGGACUUUAUGGUCCUCGCCACACAGAAUAUCGAAACGCAUUGCGUUGUCUGCCUGCCUCACGACUUGAAGUUGCUGCCGCAGGAGUGCCUGCCUGGCCUGGAGCGCUUUAAGGAGCUGAUCUUUUGGCUGCACUACGAUGCCACGCACAGUUGGGAUGCAGCUCGUGCGUUUGCGCUGAAAAUGGACGAACGGAGGUGCCUGCUGAUCCGACCCACCGAAACGGAACCGGCACCCCACUUGGCACUGCGCCGACGCCUCAAUCUGCGCCACAUCCUGGCCAAGGCGACGCCGGUGCGGCACAAGGCGAUCACCACAUUCGGUGCGAUGAGGAAUGACAUUCUCAGCGAGUUGCAGAACAUCGAGAAGGUGAACGGUGUGAAGUGGAAGCGCUUUCCGGUGCUGAACAAGCUGCUCAAGGGUCAUCGCCGGGGAGAACUGACCAUUCUCACUGGGCCAACGGGCAGCGGAAAGACGACCUUUAUGAGCGAGUACUCCCUGGAUUUGGCCAUGCAGGGAGUUAGCACGCUGUGGGGCUCCUUCGAGAUUCGGAACACCCGGCUGGCGGCCACGCUGCUGCGUCAGUAUGUCGGCUAUCCGCUGGACGACCGGUUGCAGGAGUUCAACCACUGGGCAGCGGAAUUCGAGCGCCUGCCGCUCUACUUCAUGACCUUCCACGGCCAGCAGCCGCUUAAACCCGUGCUGGAGGCCAUCGAGCAUGCAUCCUAUGUGCACGACGUGAUGCACGUGAUCAUCGACAACCUGCAGUUCAUGAUGGGCGUCGCCACGUAUCGUGGUGAUAAGUUCUGGGAGCAGGACUCCAUAAUAGCAGCCUUUCGCUCCUUUGCCACCAAGCACAAUGUGCACGUCACACUGGUCAUGCAUCCGCGAAAGGAGCGGCAGGAGGACGAGCUGACCACCAGCUCGGUUUUCGGAACAGCGAAGGCCACCCAGGAGGCGGACAACGUGCUGAUCAUCCAGGACAAGCGGCUGACCUCGGUGAGGGGUAAAAAGUAUCUGCAGAUAGCCAAGAAUCGUUAUUCCGGCGAUCUGGGCAUAAUGCCACUGGAAUUCGACAAGGAUGCGCUCAGUUACUCCUCGCAGAAGCGAAAGACUUGACACUUUUAAGGCAUUUGUUGUACUAUACGAUAUAAUUAUACUGUUGUCUAUGGCUAGGUUAGGCUUAAGUGAAUCC